GAUGAUUCAGUGACACCACUGGGCUAUCAGUGCAGCAUCUAUCAGAACAGUCUGUUGCUAGCACUGCAGAUGAACUACAGCAGCAGAGUCAGCUCUUUGGCAGCAGCCUCCUCCCCCUCCACACAUAUCAUGGACCCAUCUCACAUUGUUCUGUCGCUACAUUGAGCAUCAUCUGUAUUUUCGACGGAUAUUCCGCGAUUUCCCUUUUUGGCGUGGACAGCGCUGUGUGCUUCGCUCCAGAGGAGAGGAUAAAACUCCUGCUUUUCAGAGAAGCGCAAGACAAAGACAUGUAUCACUGGCUGCUCUACGUGUUUCUGGGUGUCUGUUCAGCUAUUGGACCCAGUAAACAGGACGAAGAGGACUAUGAAGAUGUACCCAUAAAUAAGACCUGGGUGUUAUCACCAAAGGUCUAUGAGAGCGAUGUAACGCUGAUCCUUAAUAAACUGCUGCAAGGUUAUGACAACAAACUACGACCUGAUAUUGGAGUGAGGCCCACAGUGAUUGAAACAGCUGUGUAUGUCAACAGCAUUGGACCAGUGGACCCUAUCAACAUGGAAUACACAAUUGACAUCUUCUUUGCCCAGACAUGGUAUGACAGCCGUCUGAAGUUCAAUAGCUCAAUGAAGCUGCUCAUGCUCAACAGUAACAUGGUAGGCAAAAUAUGGAUUCCAGACACAUUCUUCCGGAAUUCCCGAAAAUCAAACGCCCACUGGAUCACUACUCCCAACCGCCUCCUUAGGUUGUGGAGCAAUGGGAGAGUCAUGUACACAUUAAGGUUGACUAUAAAUGCGGAGUGUUACCUUAAGCUGCAUAACUUUCCAAUGGAUGAGCACUCGUGUCCACUGGAGUUUUCAAGCUAUGGUUAUCCUAAAAACGAGAUCAUGUAUCAGUGGCAGAGACGAGCAGUAGAGGUGGCGGACCAGCGGUACUGGAGACUCUACCAGUUUGCCUUUGUGGGGUUGAGGAACACCUCUGAUGUCGCACACACGCAAUCAGGGGAAUAUGUCAUCAUGACAAUCUUUUUUGACCUGAGUCGGAGAAUGGGUUACUUCACCAUCCAGACCUACAUUCCCUGCAGCAUGAUUGUGGUUUUAUCCUGGGUCUCCUUCUGGAUUAACAAGGACGCCGUCCCAGCACGAACAUCUCUAGGUAUCACUACAGUGCUUACCAUGACGACUCUCAGUACCAUCUCCAGGAAGUCCCUGCCAAAGGUUUCCUACAUCACCGCCAUGGACCUUUUUGUCUCUGUCUGCUUCAUCUUCACCUUUGCUGCUCUUAUGGAGUAUGGCACUUUGCACUAUUUCACCAGUAACAGACAGACAAAGAAGGCUAAAGCCAGCAACACACAGAGAGCAUCAAGCAUGGUGAAUAUCCGACCCAGCCCGUCGCUGUUGCAGAUGAAUAACAUUGUACCCUAUCAUGGGGAGGAUGAUUAUGCUUAUGAGUGUUUAGAUGGAAAAGACUGUGCCAGCUUCUUUUGCUGCUUUGACGACUGCCGUUCAGGUGCCUGGCGUGAAAACAGGAUGCACGUGCGAGUUUCCAAGAUCGAUUCUUAUUCACGAAUAUUCUUUCCUACUGCUUUUGGCCUUUUCAAUCUGGUUUAUUGGAUAGGUUAUUUAUAUUUAUAAAACUGGCACCUCAAAGGACAACCGGAGCGUAUCAUAUACAAAUAUUUCACAGAGACUGAGCUACUUGUAUAUAGUUAGAAAUAGGAGGUAGUCAUUUUAACGGCUUACUGUUACCAGCCGUCCGAUUCCAGCAAGAUGCAAAAGUCAAAAUAGGAAAAGAACCCUGAAUUUCAUUGAAACUAUAGUUAUGGACAUUUGGAAUGACACCAAAUGUUUGCACAGGUUAAACUCGAGAGGACACGGAGGAGUUUUUGGCGUCACUUUUUAAUAUAGUUUGUUUAUUCCUUGCCGCUGUGAAGGUGCAUUGUAGCUGUAAUAUAUAAUGGCAAACUAUUUGAUUUUAUAACUCUUUUAGAAAAGCCAGUAACUAUUAUUAUAUAACUAAACUGAUUUUCAGCAGGUCAGCAGCCAAUAUUUGAAAUAUCAGCAGUGUGUUUGAGAAAUCUAUGAUCCUAUUGGUCAUUACAACACGACCACGGAGCGUGUCGCUAAAUAGCUGAAAAACUGGAGCAUUAUGAUCGGUGAGGUCAACUGGACCAGCUUCUGCUCAGAAUCUAGAAAGGAUAAAGUAUCGGCCAAACGUUGAGUUGUCAAGAAGUGGUUGUUUUUACAGAGGCCAGAUUUUAUAUUAUAACAUCAUAAAGAUGUUGCUCUGCUGAAGGCACAAUUCUGAAUUUAAAGGAAGAUACAAACUAGACUUGCAUUUCCUUUUAUACAUUUUUCCUGCGUAUAAAACACAGUGUGACUUUUGCCGCAUGACAAACAGCAGUGCGUACUGAAAUGUUUUCAGUAACAUUGUCUUAGAGUUACAACAUUUUCAAUAAAGUUUUAAUGGCAGCUUUCAACAAUUUAAAAAAAUACAAUACACUAGAUUUUUACUUAAAGCUUGCUUUGUUUCAUAUUUUUCCUCAGAAAUAACAGAGGCUCAUAAACCUUUGAGCCUAUUUUGCAGUGAGGUAGAAAAGUCUAUUUACCAUAUAUCACUGUUUAAGUCAUGCCAGUGGAAAUUUGGACCCCUGUUCUCAAAACUAUGAUCUUAAUAUUUUGGUCUUCUGUUGUUUUGUAAUACUCAAAUCAAAAUUAGGGCUCCAGCUGAAAUCAUUCACUACUUGCUGGAUAUUGGACUGUACAGUAAGUUUCUCAUAUUGUAGUGCUGUCUGAAUGUAUAACGUUGCUAUCUGGACUACGGAGAGAAAUUUCCCUUGAAAGUGUUAUGAAUGUGUGAUAUGAUCCACAAGCCUGAACUAAGAUUUACAAAUCAGCGAUUUCUGUGGAACUUCUGCAGACUCAUAAAUGCAGGCUCCAAUCCACAUACAGACACAAAGCAAUGUGACCGCACAGCUGAAGCUGAACAUAAUAAACUGUGGAAAAAUAGUCAGUAUUUAUUCAGAUUUGGAUGAACGCAUUUGUAAAAUAGUUUUACGUGCUUCAUAUUUGUGUCUGGAUUGGUAUACGCAUUAGUGAGUCCACAAAAGUUACACACAAAUCACUGCACACAUUUGUAAGUCUGAGUUUAUGCUUGUGGAUCAUAUUGUACACAUUCUUUACCAUUUUAAGGCAGAUUUCUCUUCAUGAUGCCCUCAAAGUAUCGCACAAUGUGCCAUUGUGCUCAGCACCAACAGAAAAAUGUCAGAUGGAGAAGAUGAAAGAGAAGGUGGUGCCUUAAAGAACUAUUUUUGGAUUCAAUGUUGCUACUUAAAAUAGCCACAUCAAAAAAACAGGGACUCACAUCCACAGAAAUAACAGACUUGAAAUCACUCUGCAGUUUGUUAAUAAAAUUUUUGGGGAUAGCUACAGUGAAGAGUGACAGGAAAGGGAAGUCAGGUUCAAACCCAGACCAGCUGCUCUAAGCCAUGCGGAGUAUGGUCACCUUACCGCAGCGCUGCAGUUUUAAUUUGCGACAAAUAUUGUAAAUCAUGAAGCUCAAACUUUGUUUUUGAACGGGCUCAGUACUACGCAAUUGUGAUGAUGUUAGCCAGUAUUAAGAUAAGUUCUAUUAUUGGAUUUUAUAUAAACAAUGACUGUGUAUACUAAUACAUUUAGGAUUGGGUAAUUUCCUACUGCUUAACAAAUGCGCAAACACAAAGUGCUGAAAUGAACCUACAGCAUUAUGAAAAAAUACUUACUAAGAAUUACAGGUAACUGUUGAAGGAUACAGCUUUCAUUCCUAAAAAUACCCAUUCUUAAUAAAUGUACUAGUUAUGGUUUAAGGAGCUCCAAAAACUACAAUGACCUGGAUGACUGAGAACCUUCACAGAUACACUAGUUAUGCUAGCGCAUACUAUGUGUCUGCAUAGAACUGGUAAAGCAUUAUUUUAAAAAAGAGAUUAAAACAAAGGUCAGCAUUCAUUCAGUUCAAUUCAGUUUUAUUUAUGAAGCGCCAAAUCACAACAACAGUCACUUUAUAUUGCAAGGCAGACCAUUCUUAUUCUUUAAAACAUCAGAGAGAAAACAUCAAACUUGGGGAUAAUAUGAAUAGAUAUAAAUAUGCUACACCAAACUUUCCCAUAAGAAAACUACAGAUAAUAGUUUAGUACAUUUUCAGAUACACCAAAGAAACAUUAAAUGACGCCAUAGCAUUUCCAUAUUGCCAUAACACAGUUGUUCUGACAUUGGUGACAUGAAAAUGAUUUACUCACUUGGAGGUGUCAAUAGACAUCUCACUCUCAAACAAGAAAAGUAUUGAAAGAAGUGGUAAUCUAUGCAAACAUUGACAGUGUAGUUAUUGUUAAAGUGUGUUCAUUUCUAGUUAACCGUCACUGAUCAAACCAAAUUAUAUAAAAUUUGAAUUACUGCAGUUAUUAGUAUUAACAAAACAGUAAAUUAGAUAACAGGUCAUUAGUAAUGAUGUUUGAGCUCUUAAACCAAAAAUCAAGCAGAAGUGUCUGAUCUUCUGUAGCAGUCAAAUAUGUCAUUUUUACUGAUUCAGGUCAAAAUAAUUAAAAGCUGAAACACAUUCAGAUGAAAGAAUGCAGUGUAGAAGUUAAUGCAGCCUUAUAAUCCUGUUACUGUACCAAAAGGAAAUUACAUAUAUAUGGUUUACAAAACAGUGGCCUGACUCUCAUCAUGACAGUGCUUUUAAAUACGACAGAUUGCAUUUCAAUAAAGUGCUGAUGAGAUAAAAUAAUAUUUUGCUUUUGAUUACUAAUCGUUCAUUAAAAAAUGUGCAUUUUGUCAAAGCUGUGUCUUUAGUGUUAGCACUGAUAGCUUGUCUAUGGCGAGAUAGGGUCUAGAAAAUGUGAUGGUCUUUCAUUCACCACAGCUUCAACACACCCCUCUUGUAACUUUUAAAAUUAUGAUUAUAAUAUGAUUCCAAUGCUUUUUAUUUAUUAAAACAAAUAUAACAAAUGUUUAUUGCUUACAAAUACCUGGAAUGAUUAACUAAAUAGUUGCUCUAAUGAUUGAAUAAUAUUUUCCACAGCAUUGUUUUGUAAAUUAGCUCAUUAAAAAAAAAAAGUGCUGUUUUCAUUCAGCCCAGAAACCUCAAAGCAUGUUGUGUGAUCAUGAGCACAGUGAGAGGAAGACUGGUAUAGAGCUGUAUGUUCAUUCUACUCAAGCCAUAUUAACACAUCUCUCACACAUCUGUGAUACAGUGCCAUUCUCUGUAAUUGUUGCUCAUAUUGUAUUGUGGCUACUAUCUCAAUACACUGUGACAAAAUAAAUCAGUGCCUAAAAACGGUUCCAAUGGUUUUACAUGACUGGAUGUUGAAGAGGGAAAACCUCCCUUAUGUUUAUCAUGUGAAAUUUUAAAACAUUUCAUGAUGCUAAUCCUAUGACACCGAUGACACUGAUUAAUAUAACUGUCAGUCAAUAUUAACCAUGUUUUUUCAAUCAGUAUUUCAUAGCCUGCCAUUGAAUUUGUGUAUUUAAUCCAGUCACACAAUUACUUUUAGCCAUGCUUCUUGUGAUAGUUAGCAACUUGUUGUUUAUGCAAUUGAAUAUUUUGUUGAUGAUAUUUCUUAUAUAAAAUUAUUUAUCUAUUUUCUUUUAAACUUGUCCUGUUCGGCAGUUUUAGCAAGCACACUCCUGGACUUUGUUGUGUCAUACACAUUUGCUUUGCCAAGAGGAGCACUAUAGACUCCAGGUUCCUCUUGUUAAUCUUAUUUUAUUUUGUUAUUCACAUUAUUAUCUCAGAGUCUUAUUAUGCCAAAGGUGACGGGUGGCGCGGGCCAAAACAAGAAGGAGAAAUAAUAAAAAAGAAAAGGUACAGAAAAAACUAAACAAAACCAUCUAUCAUGAAGCAUUUGUCCUGAUACUUGAUAUUGAGGGUAACAACCUGCAACAACAACACCCGAUUUUGAGACAAAUUUCUGCCAUCUUUGCACAGAUACAAAAAUGUAGUCUGUUUCUGUCCUGGGCUGGCCAAAUUUGUGUUGAUCCAGUCAAAGUCCAGUCCAUGGUAGACUGGACGGUUUCCACAUCCAGAAAAGUGUUACAGCACAUUUUAGCCUUAUAUUGCUGGUUUACCAGGAUCUAUACAAAAAUCUUUGCUCCGUUAACCUGACUUCAGCCCAGGAAGCCUUCAUCCACCUUAAGCAUUGGUUUCCGUCUUUACCUGUUCUGGCUCAACUGGGUCAUUCUCUGCAGUUCACUGUGGAGGUCGAUGCUUCAGAUUCUGGGGCAGAUGCAGUGUUAUCCCAGAGAGUGAUUGAUAAAAUGCACCCCUGUGCUUUCUUUUCUCAUCGCCUGUUUCCCACAGAACACAAUUAUAAUGUGGGGGACCAAGAACUGCCGGUGAUGAAGCUGGCACUGGAACAAUGGAGGGACUGGCUUGAGGGAGGUGAACAUCUCUGUGACGUUUGGACUGAUCACCUGGCAUAUGGCCAAACAGCAGUAUGACUAAACACAUGUCAAGCCAUCAUGAUCCUUUUCCACCCAGGCUUCCGGAAUACUAAGCCAGAUGCUCUCUCCCGCCAGUUCACAAUCUUGGAACCCCACCCACCGAAUGGAGAGUGAACUGAUCCUCCCAGCCCGGUGCAUCAUUGGAUCCCUCACCUGGGAGAUCGAGUCUCUGGUUGGCACAGCAAAGCAAAAAGAGCAGGAGGGCCUCCUAAUCAUGCGUUUGUUCUUUCAGAUUUUGCCUGCCGAUUCCAUUUGUCCAGUUGCCUUCCCUUAGAGGUGGCUUGUCAAGGUGUCUCCACUUCCUUGUUGGUUGCUGACCUGUAAGAGAUCAGCUGAUUAGCUCACCUGUUGCUCAUCAGGUUAUUAUCCUGGCCUCUUAAGACUGAAGCAAACAGUCAGUCAUCAUCAGAUCAUUUUGUCAGGCCUCAGUCAUUUAAGGCUUGCUUGAUUUCUGCCAGUCUAGUACUGGAAUUAAUCUGUUUCUGUGUAUACCUCUCAGCAUUUUCUGAUCCCUGUAAGCUUUUGUGACUGAUUGCAUGUGUCUUUGGACAACCUGUAAAAUCUUUGUCAUCUCUCUGAUGACGCCACGGCAUCACAGACAAUGAUUUUCUUUGUUCACUUAGUCUAUAAAUAAACCGGUUAGGUCCAUCAUUCUGUUGGUUUCUUGACAAGUGCAGGUGGUUGAGACAUCUGACUUGGGCGGUUCUUAGGUGAGGUGUUUUGGAAAUAUAAACCCUGGGAGAAGCUCAAGAAAUGCUAGAGAGAUUAUGUCUCAUGGUUCACAUAAUCUCUCCAGCAUCUCUCAGUGUCUUACCAGAAGAAGUGGAGAAGAUGACUUUGAGGAGGCAUCUGGGCAUCUCUGCUUAAAAUGCUCAUCCCGCAACCCUGAGCCAGCUUUGACAAGUCAGACAAAGCAACAGCAUCAAACUGACCAGCAAUGGCAGCAGUGUCUUGCUGGAAAAGCUUCUCAAUCGCUUCUCAAAAGGACUGCCACAUUAACGGCUCCAGUGAGAGAAAUUUAAUUCAGUUCAAAUAAUGCCAAAUCAACUACUGAUUGGAAGGUUGGUUGUUCGAUCCUUGGCUUCCCCAGCCUGCAUGCCAAAUAUCCUUGGGCAAUAUACUAACCCCAAGUUGUGUGAAUGUUGGUUAGUUUGCACUUGAGUUUAGAAGUGCUUGUAUGAGUGGGUGUGAAUGGGUGAAGGAGGCAUGUUGUAUACAGCGCUUUGACUACUCCAGGAGAGAAGAAAAGCUCUAUAUAAGAAUCAGUCCAUUUAGACCCCAGUAUGUGAGGCUGCAGGACUGUGUGUCUGAGGUGGUAGUCUGUAGCACGGGGGCCCCACAAGGAACAGUACUCGCCCCUUUCCUCUUCACCCUGUACACUGCAGACUUCAGUUACAAUACAGACACUUGCCAUCUCCAGAAGUUCUCGGACGACACCGCCAUUGUGGGUCAGGUGUUGGAGGGAAACAAACUGGAAUACAGGGGGGUCAUCAAUGACUUCGUCAGCUGGAGCGAACAGAACCAUCUUUGGAUCAAUGCCAGCAAGACGAAGGAGCUGGUGAUUGACGCCACCUCCUAUUACACCAGUGAACAUCCAGGGUUUGGACAUUGAAACAGUGGAGGAGUACAAAUACCUGGGUGUUCACCUCAAUAACAAACUGGACUGGUCCAUGAACACAACUGCACUUUACAAAAAGGGUCUAAGUCGUCUCCACCUGCUACAGCGGCUGAGAUCCUUCAGGGUGAACAGGACACUCCUAAGGACAUUUUACGACACUGUGGUGUAUCUCAUUGUACAACCGUAUAGUGACAAUAAAGGCAUUCUAUUCUAUUCUGGUGGCGUCUGCUAUCUUUUAUGCUGUGGUCUGCUGGAGUGGCGGAAUGGCAGAAAGGGGCAGGGGGAAACUCAACUGGUCAGGAGGACCAGCUCUGUCCUGGACUGUCCGCUGAAGUCCAUCGAGCAGACUGGGGAGGAGAGGAUGUUGUCUAAGCUAACAUCCAUCAUGGACAACACCUCCCACCCCCUGCAUGAGACUGUACGAGCACUGAGCAGCUCGUUCAGCAGUAGACUCUUACACCCACAGUGUAGGAAGGAGCGCUGCCACAGGUCAUUCUUACCAGCAGCUGUCAGAGUCACAGUUUAACAUGGUCAUCCUACUCAUCAGCUUGUUUGUUCACUGUACAUUUUAUGUGUAUAUAGGACCACCUUGUGUCUUCAUUUUAUAUUUCCCUUGUUAUAAGAGCUGUAUAAUAUCCAAAUUUCUCAUCCGUGGGAUAAUAAAGGUUUAAUCUAUUCUGUUCUACUACCAGUCAGAAGUUUGGACACACCACCUCAUUUAAUGGGUUUUCUGUAUUUUCAUGAUUAUUUACACUGAAGGCAUCAAACUAUGAAUGAACCCAUGUGGAAUUAUGCAGUAAACAAAAAAGUGUGAAAUAACUCAAAACAUGCUUCAUAUUUUAGAUACUUUUGCUUUGAUUACUGCUUUGCACACUCUUGGGAUUCUCUUGGUGAGCUUCAUGAUUUCGUCACCUGAAAUGGUUUCCAACGGUCUUGAAGGAGUUCCCAGAGAUGCUGAGGACUUGUUGGCCCCCCUCUUACUUGUGGUUGCUAGCAUAUUUAAAAGUUGUAUGGGAACCAGUUGGAUUAGGGCAACACUGGCAACACCUUGGCCAAGUGUUUUUGACCCACUGACACCAUUUUUUGGGUCAUUUGCUGGUUUGCUCUUUAAACAAAUUAUGUAAAUCAACAAAGGCAGCUACAGAUAUAAGUCUGGGCUCCUCUUCUUUCAGUGCUCUCCCAAAGGCAAUAAAUUCCUCUCCCAUUGGUUGACACCACUGGCUAUAAGGGACAGAGCAGCAGUGUAUCAUAUCAUAUUGUUUCAUUUUAUUUAUGUGUUUCCCAAAGUCCAACAGACAGAACCAAUAUCAGUGAUAAAUCCCUUGGUGUAAUAAAAUUUUUUUAAAACUAGUCUUCAAAUUUACUUAAAAAACACAGAUUCAGUUCAACUGAUCAUCUUGUUACAUUACACUAUUCUGCUGGUAAACAUCAACUGUAGAAUCACUGUGAACAUCUUCUGGUAGGGGUACACAAGACCACUUAGACCAAGAUCAUGACAUAUAUGCUGACAUUAUAGUGUGAUUCUGUCUUCCCAUAUGGCGAUAUCCGUGUUCAGGUUUAAAUGUGUAGUUUUGUAUGUAUCAAUAUAUGGUCAAAUGAUCAGGACUGUGAUAAAAAUACGUUUUGUCACUUGUUAAUUAUCCCCACCAAAUCAAAACUGACGUAUGAGCCCGACCCAAGGCUUUGGGUGAAAUCCUGCUAUGAGGCAUAGUCAGAUUAGAUCCAUAAAUAUCCAUAUUCAGUAAGUUGCCAUAAGGGAAUAGGCCAGCUACAAAACUGGCCCUUUCCUUCGAAGGCCACAUCAAAGUGAGAAGGAUCCAUGGAGCAAAAAGUCAAGCAGCAGUUAUUGUGAUGCACAUAUACAAGAAUGUGUUUCAAGUAAAGUUAAGACAAAUUAAAUUUAUGCUGCAGUCACACUGCAUUUCAGUACACUCGGGUGUAACAGCAUCAAUUAAUUACAAUAGGAAUACACACUCGUCCAGUAAGUGUAUGAAACCAACACCUUACGUGUCUGGGACACACAUGUUAUGAACCCCUUGUAAAAGAAAACUGGGUGGAGUUUUUCACUUUGACACUAAUUUUUGUUUUUUGGCAGUGUGAAAAAAAAUCAUCCCAACAGAAGGUUUUCGAACAGGAGCAUUAAACCAUAUCUCAGAGUCUUCUAACACUGGGAACAUCAGCUCAAAACCACUCAUGGUCUCCACAUGUGAGACACUCAAAUCCACCGACUGGUAAUUAUUGUUGGACAGUAACAGGCUCUCUUUAAUUUACGAGGACCCUAAAAUAUAUCUGCUUGUACAGUGUUUAUUUGGUUGACAAGAUUUGACCAACAUACACAUCACAUUUGCUACUUUUGUUGAACUAUUGUCCGCACAUUGUUGCCUUCUACUUUGGGAAUGAAUAUGGACAAAGAGUCUAGGUUCACUUCAACCACCAAACAAAUUUGGGCGUUUUGUUUAUGGUCAUUACUUUGUGGAAAAAAGUAAUCCUGAAAAAACUAGUUAAACAUGAA